AUGUCCUGGAUCCGAGUCUUGGUGCUGUGCUCGCUCACCGCCCUCCUCAUCCUCACCUGUGAGUACCUUGUCAGGAGUGGGUUAUUUUGGAUUUUAUAUUUUCACAGAGGCAGAAUAGUUUUGAGGGUGAGAGCACAGAUAUUUGCAGAAACCUGUUUUUAUAGUCUGGCUGUGAACUCUGACCUUUUGUGAAUUAUUCUAAAAGUUUGAGCACAUUAGAAAAUAAUUAAGGGUUGGGAUUUAACGUGAACUGCUUCAUAAUUUAACUUUAAAGAAAAUUCAAAGUUUGAGCCAUGAUUUUAGAGAGGAAUUCUGUUUACGUGACUUAAUGCCAAGAAAGAAUUUUCUGCAAUUAAAGAAAGCUGUAAUUUUACCUGGAGAUGUCCGACAAUAUUCCAGCCAAAGUCUCACAAGUUCACAAGUUCAACUCUGUAAAUCCUGUUUUAAUCUGCCAAAUUCAUCUAGAUAACAAAAAUAUGAUCCAUUAGUCCUUGUGCAAAUUGUAUUGACAGGUUUCGUUUAUUCUUCAGGGACAGGAUGCAGUGACAUUAGCCGCUGAAAUUGAGAAAAAUCAUCCUAUGGUUGCACAAUUUCCUGUGCAGCAGCUGCUAUUUUUUCAUAGUCCUACAUGAAAGUGACUUAAGGCGUGCAUAAAAUCAACUUAUUAAGAGGUGAAUCAAGUAGAAGAGAAGAGUAUGAUAUGCAGCAAUCAUUGGUUGUGUCUACAUCUAUUAGAAAUGCAUGCACUUUAGCUGAUAAUCCACCACAGUGCUCCCUGUUACUCUGUGUCAAUCACAUUGUAUUCAACAUUUCAAGUUUGGAGGGAUUUGUUCUUGUUUGCUAUUCCAUCUUGAGUAAUUUGAGAAGAUAGCUUGAAGGGACUGUCUUUUUUCCUUUUAUACUGUAUAUCAAACACCAACUAUAUCAGGGCCUGUUUCCAUUAGCAGUGUUUUUUUUGCCCACAACCUUCAUUUCAGAGCACUUCUCACCACUACUUAUUGUUGCUAAGUAAGUCAAGUUGUUUCACUGCAUGUCUCCUCUGUUAUUGUUGUUGAUGUUAAAAUCAAAAGUCCCGCCCUGUCUUGAUUCUGAUUGGUCUCCCUAUGAUGGGUUAUGAUUUUUAUAAACCUGAUUUUCUGGAGACCCUUUAAUCAAAGUUUUUUCUUAUUUCUGUGGGCAGCUGAGGCUGAUUAAUACACUUUAUAACUGGGAUACAGAAAUAAACAUGUUCAGUUCUAUUUUUCCUGUUUUUUCCUGCUAAGAUUUCUCCUUUACCUCACAUUCUAGUUUCCAGUGUGGUGGACAAUGCAGCAGUCAAGGAUAAGUCCAAAUCCAGUGAUCAUAGAGGUGAUAUUUUGUUUCAAGACUUAAAGUAAUUACCUAAAUCUUUUUCUGGCCUCCAAACUUAACAUUCAAAUUGUGACCUCCGUCUUAAAGGGGUAGCACAGCAGCUGUUCAUGCAAGGCCCAGAAGCAUCCAACUUCUUCAAACGCCGCAGUCGCCGCUCACCAGGGUACUAUGCUGAGUUACAAGGUAAGUACAUUUGUUAAAGCUCCUGUGAGGAACUUCCAGUUUGGGUCGAUUUUGGCGCCCCCCUGUGGGGAAAGCAAUCAUGCUUAAGUAGCGACUUCAUAGAAAAAAUCCCAUCCUGACUCUUGACAGGGCCAUCCAUCAUUUAUCUGGUAGCACCAACAGGAUUAUAAAUGGAGUAGUGGUGUGUGGUUUCAUGACGGAGCUGAGUAGAUGAUUUAUGUUUUUGGAUAUGUGGUCGACUCUUCUCAGGACAGCUGUAGCGGUUAAAGUGACUACUCUUUAGGGGACAGAAAUCUGGCAUGUUUGGCCUCCCGUACACGUACACUUGCGUGUGAGUGCAUGUAGGAGUGUGUUAAAGAUGCUCUGGUUUGAGGUUUUGACUGCAAGUUGUGAAAGUUCAAGAGAGGAGUCGAGAGAAAGAGAGUAAUGGAAACUCAAGCAGGUGUUGUACUAUUGCUAUACAGUGGCAGCUCUUAAACUUGACACACACAGACUCACACACACAGACACACACACACACUCACAGGAGCUGGAGGCUGCAGAGGGAGUCACAGGGUAGUAUGGAGCACGCUCAGUUUCUCGGUACAAUAAGCUCAUUCUUCCACUGCCAACAUCGGUACAAUCCACAUGGGUGACACACCUCAAAUCAAACAAAUAAAUACUCUUUAAGAGGAAUCCUGCAAAUACACACCAACUUCUCUCAACUUAUCAACUUACCUCCUUGGAAAACUUGGAAUAAAAGUGUCAGGAAAUGCUUAAAUGUUGCAGACAGCACAGAUCAUUUCAGUUAAGUACUUAGUGGCUCAUUAACUGUACCCACCUAUCUUGGCUCUCCAUAAAAAGGUCCACAUUCUUUACUUAGAGAAAAAAAUAAAACACUCAGAAUAAGGCCGAUUGUGGACUAAGGUUACCUGAGAACUUGAGAGGAAGCCAUGUGACUCUGUAGGGAUGUCAAUUUGCCAGAGAGAGGGCGCACAUUUUGCCAACCUUGAAUGCAACAUCCUGGAGCUCCAUGCAAGCUGUUUGUAACACCUAAGAUGAAUUUUAUUUCACAAAACAUUAGUGAAAUCCUGUCAACAAAUGUUCAUAAUUGUAUAAUCGAGUAAGAGACAUUAUUCAGUUAAGACAAAAAGAAUAAGUAGAUCUUAGUGUAAAAAACUUUUAAAUGAGUCUGAUGCAGUUUCUUAAAGCUCCAGUAAGGAACUUUCCGUUUCUCUCAGUUUUGGCGCCCCCUGUGGUCAAAGCAGUCUUUGCUCAUCUUGUCCCCUACAUGCUUCAGUUGAGUCUUCUGACAAUAAAUCUCAUCCUGCUGACUUUUGACAGUCAAAUGUUGAAUACUUUUGUGAAUAUUUAAAAUGGAGAUUAUAAAAACAGCUGUUUCUUCAGCUGCUCCACAGACACUUACCCUCCUCACACCAGUUUUAGGCAAAAGAAAUUGCUGUAGAAAAAAUGUCAGUGUUGUUGCUGAUGGUCUUGUUAGUGUUUGUACAUCAUGAAAAGGCAUCAAUAUGAAUUUCAGUCUAUUAGGUUAAUGUAAAAAAACUCCUUACAGGAGCUUUAAUCAAAGGCAAGGCUCAGUUAAAGGCAUGUUAAAGCUUCCACAGGGGGCGCCAAAAUGACACAGACAGAAACUUCCUUAUUGGAGCUUUAAACACUAAUGAGAAAAAGAAAAUCCUAGACUGUCUUUUUUUUUACCUACAUCCAGAAUAUAAGGGGUUAAUUUUGUGAUGCCAGCUAGUCUCACAUGUGGACUUACUCUGAAGGUGACCAUGUUUUCUUUACACAAAGUCAGGCUCAAGCAAACAGCUUACUUGGUAAUAAUUGCCAAGUGCAUGCAGGUCUAUGUGUUUGGAUAGCAUGUCGUGGUGUCGGCCUCACACUCUGUAAUCCCUGCACACUUGUUGGGGUCUGACGAGUUUCGAGACUCAAAGAAAAACACAGGCAGUGCAGUAACAGUGGCUGUCCCUGUACCUGCAGAGGUGGGAUGUUUGGAUUUGUACAGUAAGAGCGCAGGAGGAAGGUGUAAAUGUUUACAUUAAUUUGUAAUACAUUAUAAAAUGUUUUUCACACCCCUGCAGACCUACAUUAAUGUCAUACCACCCCUGUAACCAAAACGGAUAAUUAAGGGGCGACAACUUUGAUCUUUUCUGUUUUUACUUCUUAUUUGUUGUACCAUUUCUUGAUUUUAAAUGUUUUCUCAAUGGUAACCUUUGUAAGUUUGCAUCUCAUUCCUACUUGUGUUAUAAAAGUUUGGGAGUUUGGGGCAGUAACUAUUUGUCCAAAUUUAAUAUCAAUCCAUCAGUGGGUCUAAGACUGAUCGCCCAUCUCUUGAACCGCGUCCCAAACGCAGCUCCAAAUCAAACAGCCGACAAAUCUCAGAGUUGUUUUUGGAGGAAACAGCAGCAGCUGCAGCUGCAUCAUUAAUCAGAAACAUAUGAGUGGGUUUAAAUAGUUUAAAAUUUUUUGGCUUCCUGUAAAGCUCUCCUUUCCUUUUUGUUUUCCCCAGCCGAGCAGAGGGUAAAGAUAGCUGCAAGUGAGCGGAGGAGAGAGUACAACGAGGAGCAAAGAGAUGAGUUUGAGAACUACGCCGAGGAGGAGCGUGAUGGUGAGACCUGAAUACAGCUGCUCUUUCUACUCUGAAUGAAAUGUUUUCGAAUCCAAAUAAGAUCAGAAACAAAACAACAGACACUAGACUCCAUUAAACUCUUUCCACCCUUCCACACAAGACGAAAAUACAGAUCCAGACACUUGGUACUGAGACACUGAAUUAAACAUAAAGAUAUACCACAGAGACUUUGCAUUGGUAAGCACAAGCUUAUUUAGAAAGUCUGCAUCGUGUUGUGAAGCUAACCUUAAUUAUUCCUUGAGAAAAACCUUCGUGAUACUCGACUGUACAUCUUCACAAAGUUGAAAGGUCUCACUAGAGAGAACAUACUGAGGUGAGACAGUCCUAGUCUGGAUGUUGUAUGGACCUCAUGGCACCCACGAGCUUUUGCACCACAGCACAGUGCCUUCAACUCCACACUAAAUCCAAGUGUCCAUUUGUGGUCCACCCCAAGAUGAUAAUCUUUCCUGUGGCUGUCUGUCCCGUGUGAUAUAGUUGCAGUGGUGGUUUCUAAACUAAGAACUGCUAACUUUAAAGAUGUGUCUUGGUUUUAUAUAGAGAUAAGACAUGUUUUGUGUGGUUUGGGUCAGUGGGUUUGUACAUAAACAAAAAAAAACAAAUAUCUCCAUUUGGACAUAAUCUCACUGUUUUGGUGCAUCCCUUGACAUUUGAAUCUUAUUUAGCAUGUCUGCCAUGCUCAAACUCAAAUAGAAAUAAAGCUCCUUUUACUCUAACUUAAUUAUAAGCUUCAUUUUAAACUUUAAUUUGAUGUUUUGUCAAGCUGAGCCGAUGAUUUGAUCUUAAUCAUGUUACAAGGGAAAGUCUGGACAUAACAUGGUCAAUCACUGCAGGUCAAACAGCAGAUUUGAUGGUUUUGGACACGAGUAAAUGCAAACACAAGAAACUAAAUUUACCUAAAUGUAUUCAAUUUCUCAUCUGGGAUCAAUAAAGUUCUUAUGUUAUCUUAAAUUUCAAAACAACCAAAAUACACCUGAAAUACCCCACACUCUAAGAUAGCAUGCUCGUAUAGUUUCAUCCAAUCAGAUACUGCACUUCUGCUUGAGUCAACCAAUCAGAGACCACACCUGCAUCAGACACCUCCACAGUCUCACUCAGACAGUAACAUCCACACUCUGCAGGGAAGGAGAACAAAUGAGUGAACUUUAGUUUUCUUUAGCUCUCCUUUAUCGGCACUUCGCUAAUUCUGUCCGUUUGCGAGGUGGUGGCGCUGCACAUUUCCAACAAUACAUCCGUUUCAGCUGAACUCCCACAAACGGCUGCCUGCUGGGGCCGUAAACAUGGCUGACUGCGAACCAAAACAGUAAACUUGCGGGUUAAAACACCAGAACAGUUUACCAAAAGACACCAAAAGCUCGACUGCCAAAAGCUGCAGAGUUGGUUGCUUAUUCUCACCGUGUGUGCCAGAGCAUGACCCAGAACUGACACAAGAAGGAGAUGUGUAAUCCUUUAAAAUGCUUAUCGUAUACUUCGGCCUUAUGUAUAGGGGAGAGUGGGGUAAGUUGACCAUAGGAGACCACUUGUUUCGGCAUGUUAUAUUAUCAUGACAGUUAUGUUUAUACUCAUUCUGUUGGUUUGCAGGGAUGCACAUCUUGAAAUAUAUGCAGAAACACUAGUUAGAGACAAAACUAUGAUCGCCUUGAUGUGGUGAUCUGAACUAUGAAAAAAUGGCUCAUCUUACCCCACCCUCCUCUCUUUCACAGAGCAAGAUGAGAGAACAAGGGAGAAGGAUGAGCAGUUCAGAGAGUUUCACUACGAUGGCCAAUAUCCUCGCUACCACUGGUUCCAUUGA